UUCAUAGGUCACACUCCCUUAAGUUGCUUAGGUCUGAGCAACCUGAGCCACCCGAUUCCGCAGCAACCCUGUAUAAUCUCUGUCUACAAGGCCUUCCCUGGCACCCAAGUUCAUGCUACUCAGAAAGAGUGAGCUUGAGUGGUUCAUUUUAUUUUGAAGCUUCUCUGACAAAGAAAUCCAGAUGACACGGAACCUACUGAAGAUACCUGGAAAAUGGCGGUCUUGGAAGUAACUUUGGCUAUCAUCUUGACUCUACUGGGACUUGCCAUUCUGGCGAUUUUGUUAACAAGAUGGACAAGACGCAAGCAAAAUGAAAUGUAUGUAUCCAGAUACAGUUCAGAACAAAGUGCUGGACUUCUGGAGUAUGAGGAUGAAAAAGGACUCCAACAUUCAUAUUCAACAGAAAGUGAGGGAUCCAAAGUAUGUUACACACCGUCAGCCAACUCCCUAGCACUGUCUCGAUCAAGUUUCGGUAAGUUCCUUUAG